AUGGCCGAAGUAGACAUCCACCCCGUCAUUAAGGCUCGCACGAAUGACGAAGCGGUCCUAAACCGCCAUUCCCGCAACUUCACCCAGAAUUCUGCGAAUGGCGGCGCCAAAGCAAUGCUUUUCGCCGCCGGUCUCAAGGAGGAAGACAUGGACAAGCCGCAAAUCGGCAUCGGCAGCGUCUGGUACCAGGGCAAUCCCUGCAACAACCACCUCGACGACCUCGGGAAGAAAGUCCAGGAGGGAUGCGCUCUCGAGGGUCUUGUUGGACUGAGGCAUGCUACCGUUGGCGUCAGCGACGGGAUGACGCAGAGCACCCCCGGGAUGAGCUACUCGCUGCCGUCGCGCGACCUCAUCGCCGACUCGCUCGAACUGAUCGUUCAGGCGCAGGCCUACGACGCUGCCGUUCACAUCUCCGGCUGCGACAAGAACAUGCCCGGAACCUUCAUGGCCGCCGUCCGCCACAACAAGCCGACAAUCCUCGUCUAUGGCGGAACGAUUCUCCCUGGGAAGGCGCAUGAGGAUUGCCCGGCGCUGGGACUCAAGGUUGGUGAUCCGCUCAACAUCGCCGACGUCCUCGAGGGCUACGGUUCCGUCCUCACGGGCAAGAUCUCGGAAGCCGAACACCAAUCCAUCAUCCGCGCUGCGUGCCCGGGCUCAGGCGGUUGCGGCGGAAUGUUCACGGCCAGCACAAUGGCGUCGACCCUCGAGGUCCUCGGCAUGACCCUCCCUUACUCUGCUUCGACGCCGGCCGAGUAUCCGCAGAAGUUGCAGGAAUGUCUGAGGGUUCCGAAGGUGCUGAAGGAGCUGAUUAGGAAGGACUUCAAGCCUUUGGACAUCGUGACUCGCCAGUCUUUCCUCAAUGCCAUCACCAUCGUCAACGUUCUUGGCGGCUCAACGAAUGCCGUCUUGCACCUCCUUGCUAUGGCGCGCUCGGCCAACAUCGAGCUCACCAUUGACGACUUUAGGACGAUUGCGGAUCGCACGCCCGUGCUCGGCAACUUCAAGCCCUCUGGGCAGUACAUGAUGGAGGACUUGCACAACAUCGGCGGAAUUCCCGCUGUCGUCAAGUUCCUCCUCAAGGAGACCGACUUGCUUGAUGGGUCGACGAUGACCGUUACGGGCCAAACCCUAGCCGAGAACGUCGCAGACGCUCCCGACCUCGACUUUGCGACACAGUCGAUCAUCACGCCUCUCGCAUCGCCCAUCAAAUCCACAGGACACAUCUGCAUCCUGCGCGGCUCGCUCGCGCCCAACUCGGCCGUCGCGAAAAUUACCGGCAAGGAAGGUCUGUCGUUCUCUGGACCGGCGGUCGUCUUUGAUGCGGAGGCGCCGUUCUAUGGAGCGUUGGAGAGGGGGGAAGUCAAGGAGGGGAUGGUCGUGGUACUGCGGUACCUCGGACCGAAGGGCGGACCUGGGAUGCCGGAAACGCUCGGGCCGACCGCUGCAAUCAUGGGCGCUGGACUUGGUGGCAAAGUCGCGCUCAUCAGCGACGGACGCUUCUCGGGCGCCUCGCGCGGCUUCAUCGUCGGUCACGUCACUCCCGAAGCUGCCGUAGGCGGCCCCAUCGGCCUCGUCCGCGACGGCGACCACAUCACCAUCGACGCGGUCAACAAGACUAUCGACGUUGCGCUCAGGGAGGAGGAGUUGGCGGAGAGGAAGAAGAGCUGGACGCCGCCUGAACCGAGGUACAAGCGUGGAGUCUUGUAUCGCUACGCGAGGGACGUCAAGGGCGCCGAGCUCGGCGCAUAUACCGACUGA